CGAUGAUAGUGCGGCAAAGCUGAUGUUCUAAGUGCCUUUGGUUCUUCCUGAAACCUCCUCUUCAGAUGCUGCGAAUGCAAUCAUAGUCGUAGCCCAUAGCCCCGCACGCAUUUGGCGAUCUAGGCAACAUUCGUUACAACGUCGUCGUCGUCAUCGUCCUGUUGUCGGUUAAUCUUGAAGUAAUCAUUAAUUCGAGGCAUUCCGCUUGCUUGAACGACAUCUUCGGAACGAACCGGACACUAUGGGAAACCAACCGACCAAGCAUACGCCGGGAAAACCGAAAAAGGCUGUCCAUUGGAAGUCAGCAGAGCCACCUGCUCCACCUGGUAAGCCAACCCUAGUACCGGGCACACCAUCGUCCGCACCAGACGUCGUGACCAUACGAUGGACCCGUCCAGCUACGGAUGGUGGAUCGCCCAUUCUGGGAUACGUGGUGGAGCAACGGCGAACCGGGUCGCCGCACUGGGUCCGGGCGUGUCCUUCGCUGGUGCAGUAUACCGAGUUAUCACUGAGCGGGCUGGAACCUGGAUGGCGCUACCAGUUCCGUGUGAUGGCGGAUAAUAUCGUGGGCCGAUCGGAGUGCAGUGAACCGUCGGAUCCAUUGACGGUAACCCUGCAACGCAAUGCCAUUUCCGCACCACGCUUCGUACACGAACUGUUUGAUGCGACCGCGGUGGAGAACGAGAAAGUAGAGUUUCGAGUACAGGUGGCCGGGACGCCAGUGCCGCAGAUCAGUUGGUUUAAGGAUGGUUUCGAGAUCUACAGCAGUCGCCGGGCUCGUAUCGUCACUGAGGCCGACGCCAGUGUGCUUGUCAUCCACCAGACGGCCCUCACCGAUGAGGGAGAGAUCAAGUGUGCGGCUACGAACCGUGCAGGCCAUACCGUCACUCGCUGUCAGCUGACGAUCGACGCGUUUCCGAAAAUUCGCCUUCCACGACAGUAUGAAGAUGGGCUCAUCAUUGAGGCGGAAGAGCUUAUCCGUCUGAAGGUGGCACUAGCGGGCCGUCCACCACCGAUGGUCGAGUGGAGUCAUAACGGGGAAGUCCUGAACAACGACGGCCGGCACGAGAUCGUCACGACGGACAAGAACUCUACACUGAAGAUCAUGAACAGUGACCGAAACGAUCGAGGGGAGUAUAAUAUCCGUGCGAUCAACAAACUGGGCGAGGACAAUGCUUCCUUUCUGGUAACGGUCACCGCUCGUCCUGAGCCUCCUAGAAAGGUAUCAAUCGCAAUCUCGUACGGCAAAACAGUAACACUCAGCUGGUCAACUCCGGAAGAUGAUGGGGGCUGCAAGAUCGGCAACUACAUUGUCGAGUACUACCGCGUCGGAUGGGACGUGUGGCUUAAGGCGGCCACCUGUCGUCAGCUGACUACCACACUAAGCGAUCUCAUCGAAGGAUCGCAGUAUCGUUUCCGCGUGAAGGCUGAGAACCCUUAUGGCUUAAGUGAUCCCAGCGAAGAGUCAGAGCUACUGUUUGUGCCCGAUCCUAAGCGUGGUAUUACAGAUGCCGAUAAGAUCCCCUCCCAAUCUACGACAUUGCCUCGCAAACGUCGAGAUCUGUCACAAUCUCCCAUGAGAGAAUCGACCGGGGCUAAGCCCAAGAAAGCCUUCACUCCGGAGCCAUAUGGCCGCGAUGAGAUUAUGCUGGAAAUGUCAUAUGGAAUCCCCAUCGAUCCGACAGCACAGCAAGGAUACCAGAACGAAUCAUCAUCCGUACCAGCAGUUGUCAUCACCGAACCAACUACCGCCCCUCUCGCCGAACCCGAAUCCGAAUCGGACCUCACCGAUACAACACCUUCCGCGAUCAUGACUCCCUUGCCCGUUUCUCCGCUUAAAGCGAUGCAAAAAUUCUCGAAAGAACCAAGUCCAUUGUCAAUGAGAUCUUCGGAUAGAGAAGUGUCUCCUAGCAGCAGCAGCUACGAAUUAUUGGGAUCCAGUUCCAUCAACGGAGAUGAAACAGUGAAAAAGCCCGAGACCCAGAACAACAAGUCCAUUCACAACAGUUCCGAGUUUAUGUUGGUUUUAUACAACGAGCAAGAAGCGAGGGAAAACACCCGUAAUUCCACCUUCGAUUUUGAACUGGACGAACUUGUUGCUCCACCACCGCCUUUGUCACUGUCUGCACCGGAACUAAACGUAGAACCACCACCAGCUCCUGCCAUGCGUGCUGGUGUUAGCUCUACGGAACUGCUUUACGAGCGAGCGAUGGCACGAUUUUAUCAAGCCGUGGCCUUCGAAGAAUCGGAAAAUCAGCGUAAAGAAGCCGAGCAAGAGCAAGCGAUCCGACGACGGCAAGCAGCUCAAGACCACGUACAGGAUGAAAAGUCUACCAAUCCCCAAGCCACUCCCAUGAACCGUUUGUCCGAUCGAAGAAGUAGCCUUCGCAAGAGGUUGUCUGGUGAUAAGGAGUCGAUCGUUAAGCAAUCCAGCUUCGAGCAGGAUCAAGUGGUUCCACCUCAGCAACAGCAGCCACAACCACAGCACUCACAUUCCACACUUGCCCAAGAACCGAUAGCGGAAGAACCGACACAGGGCACACUGGGUUCAUUGAAACAAUCUGACGAUGAAGUAUCCGUAUCCUCAUCAAUGAGCUCGAUGAUCGAAGAACUUAAACGACGUGAGCAGCAGCAGCAACUAGCAGCGAUAUCUUCGAAGAGACGCGGCUUCAUGGAUGAUGAUGAGGUUGAUGAGGAACCAUACCAUCCCGGUGUGCAGAGUAUGCGCUCACCGUAUCAUAGCCCCGAUCCCAGUCAAGCGAUUGAGGUUCUCACUAGACCUAUGCCACUGCCAGAUCCAAACUUUGUGCCUAAACCCAUACUCAAGCGACCCUCCACCGAGGUACUCGUUAAGGAAGAUGUAUCCAAAAGGCAGCCGAGCCUACAGCCUCCACAACUACGACCACGCAGUGUCACUCCGGAGCGGGAGUCUUCCCCGUCGAAGGUAACUCCAGUCCAGCAGCAGCAGCGACCUCAGGAUAUACUAAACCUCCCACAACCAGAUUCCCCCACUCAAGAGGAACCACAGGCCCUGUCGGAAAAGCAGCCACCAGCGGGAGAGGAAAUCAAGCGGGCUAUAGUAUCCGAGGCAGCCCGUCAACGUCGACUAGAAUCACGCCAGAACUCGAUCGAGGAAUCACGAGCAGUGGCCGACUUUUACAGCGAUAUGGUACAGCAAAUCGAAAGCUCCAAGAAACCACGCAAACUGCCGCUCUACAUGAGCCCGGAUGAGGUGCGAAAACUGAAUGAACGAGAAUACUCCCGUAGUUCAUCGCGAGCUGGUUCUAAAUCACCACUUCCGCUCGAGGAGGUUCCGUACUAUCCUCGGGUACGAUCUUCGCGAUCACCCUCCCUAACGACGGAAAGCCAUUCGAUAGUGGUGCACCGAUCAAGUAAACCGGCUCGUGAGAGUAAAAUUCUACGUCAACGAUCGGCCUCCGUUGAAAGUGAUGUGACGGUGAGACCGCCUUCCGCAAAUCGCGAAACAGGACCCAUUGCAAACACAACUGGUACGAAGGAUGAGAAUGGGCGAGCAAGCAGACCAAUCGAGAAAAGACGUAUCACUGAUAAAGCAGGUACGGCUACCCGUAACCGCUCGAGAUCAAACUCAGCUGUUCGUGUGGGAACCAUCACAACACCAAAUGUAAAACCAUCUAAAACACCUUCGACGUCUGUUACUGCUCCAGCUGUGACCAAUAAACCACCAACUCCCGAACCGUCGGUCAAUAAAUCUAUUUCUGCUCCUGCUGCAACUAUACCAAAGUUGUUAGAAACAGCCGAUGAGAGACCCGACGAACAGUCACUCAAGCCCACUAUAUCUUAUUUGACUGAUGUGGCACUGUUUGCCAUCGCCUGUUGGUUGUAUCUAUUCAAAAAUCCUAAACUAGCCAUACCAGUAAUAUUGCUUAUUAUGUACCGUCAUAUCCGCGAGGCGCUAAAAGAUAAGAUACCCGCGUGGAUGCGACGAGAGUCGAAUUAA